CGCGAACCCGCGCGCUGCCCUAGGGCCCGGCCGACCCGUGGCCGGGUUGAUCAGUACGUUGACGCAAGUUGCCUUUUGACAUUGCUGCAGCUAUGGCCGACUGGUAGGACCAGCAUCCUGUACCCCAAAGCCAGUUCAGAAUGACUGAAGAAGCAUGCCGAACACGGAGUCAGAAACGAGCUCUUGAACGGGACCCAACGGAGGACGAUGUGGAGAGCAAGAAAAUAAAAAUGGAGAGAGGAUUGUUGGCUUUGGAUUUAAACACUGACAGAGACAUGAGGGUGAUGCCUGAGCCAGGAGCUGGCCCAGCCCAAGGGUUGCUGAGGGCAACAGAGGCUAUGGGCAGAGGUGAAGGACUUGCAGGUGAAGGGCCUGUGGACAUGCGCACCUCACACAGUGACAUGAAGUCUGAGAGGAGACCUCCCUCACCUGAUGUGAUCGUGCUGUCUGACAACGAGCAGCCCUCGAGCCCUAGGGUGAAUGGCCUGAGCACGGUGGCCUUGAAGGAGACCAGCACUGAGGCCCUCAUGAAGAGUAGUCCUGAAGAACGAGAGAGGAUGAUCAAGCAACUGAAAGAAGAGUUAAGAUUAGAAGAAGCAAAACUCGUUUUGUUGAAAAAGUUACGGCAGAGUCAAAUACAAAAGGAAGCCACCACCCAGAAGCCCGCAGGCUCCACAGGGAGCACCGUGACCACCCCUCCCCCGCUCGUGCGGGGUACACAAAGCAUUCCUGCUGGCAAGCCAUCGCUUCAGACCUCUUCAACUCGAAUACCUGGGAGUGUCAUCCCCCCACCCCUGGUCCGCGGUGGGCAGCAGACGUCCUCGAAGCUGGGGCCGCAGGCGAGCUCGCAGGUUGUCAUGCCCCCGCUUGUCAGAGGGGCCCAGCAAAUCCAUAACAUCAGACAACAUUCCAGCACGGGGCCGCCGCCCCUCCUUCUGGCCCCCCGGGCAUCUGUGCCCAGUGUGCAAAUUCAGGGACAGAGAAUCAUCCAGCAGGGCCUCAUCCGUGUCGCCAAUGUCCCCAACACCAGUCUGCUCGUCAACAUCCCACAGCCCACCCCAGCAUCGCUGAAGGGGACAACAGCCACCUCCGCUCAGGCUAACUCCACCCCCACCAGUGUGGCCUCCUCGGUCACCUCCACUGAGUCUCCAGCUAGCCGGCAGGCAGCUGCCAAGCUCGCGCUGCGCAAACAGCUGGAGAAGACGCUGCUUGAGAUCCCCCCUCCCAAGCCCCCUGCCCCAGAGAUGAAUUUCCUGCCCAGCGCUGCCAACAACGAGUUCAUCUACCUGGUGGGCCUGGAGGAGGUGGUGCAGAACCUACUUGAGACACAAGCAGGCAGGAUGUCGGCCGCUGUUGUGCUGUCCCGGGAGCCCUACAUGUGUGCGCAGUGCAAGACAGACUUCACGUGCCGCUGGCGGGAGGAGAAGGGCGGCGCCAUCAUGUGUGAGAACUGCAUGACGACCAACCAGAAGAAGGCGCUCAAGGUGGAGCACACGAGCCGGCUGAAGGCCGCCUUCGUGAAGGCGCUGCAGCAGGAGCAGGAGAUUGAGCAGCGGCUCCUGCAGCAGGGCACGGCCCCCUCGCAGGCCAAGGCUGAGCCGGCCGCCGCCCCACACCCCGCGCUGAAGCAGGUCAUAAAACCCCGGCGUAAGUUGGCGUUCCGCUCAGGAGAGGCCCGCGACUGGAGUAACGGGGCUGUGCUACAGGCCUCCAGCCAGCUGUCCCGGGGCUCAGCCACCACGCCCCGAGGUGUCCUACACACGUUCAGCCAGUCACCCAAACUGCAGAACGCAGCCUCGGCCACAGCUCUGGUCAGCAGGACGGGCAGGCAUUCCGAGCGAGCCGUGGGCACUGGCAAGGGCAGCGCCGCCUCCAACUGGAAGAAGACGCCCCUCAGCGCAGGCGGGACCCUUGCGUUUGUCAGCCCAAGCCUGGCAGUGCACAAGACCUCCUCGGCUGUGGACCGCCAGCGAGAGUACCUCCUCGACAUGAUCCCGCCACGCUCCAUCCCUCAGUCAGCCACGUGGAAAUAGUGCGAGGCAGGCCCAGCGGAGGACAGGCUCCCUCCUCCCCCCACCUGGCCCCUGGUCUAGAAGUUCACGCUGCACCAUCCUCCGCUCGUUCGGGAAGACACCGUGCUGACCCCAGAGGGCGCUGCAGAAGGGAGACCUGUAUUCUUGGCUGCAAAGUCCAGGCGCGGUGUGGGGGCCUGUGCUGCCUCACAGGUGGACAAGGGUUGUGACUGGGGGACCUUUUCCCAUGGGUUUUCUUCCUUUCUCUUUGCCUUUAGUUUGCCCGACACCAGCAGAAAAAGUGGACCUUGGGGGCUGGUCCUGCUCCUGGCCCCCGCGUUCAGCCCCCAGCAGGCGCGCGGGCAGCUUACCCUGGACACUGUGACAAGCUCGGGCGAGGCUGGCGCCCAGGGCUUCUGAACUGAGCGGGGCAUUUUUCGUUUUUGUUUUUCCCCUUCUUAGCCUCCCAAUCUCUGACUGCCUUCCUCCAUGGCAAUCUAUAGGUCGAAAGUUUUUUGUUUUUUUUUUUUAAGUCGCCUCAUAAUGAUGGAGUUAAAAGUAAACCGUGCAGACCCCAGGGUCCCUGUUGUGCACGGUGUUGUCCUGCCAGCCCUGUGUCCUGAAGGGUGGGCCACUGAUGGCACCGUGGCCCUGGGCGGGACGAGCGGCCCGCCCCAGUUACUGACAGAUGCAGGGGUGGCCGACAGCGUGGCUCCGGCCAAAAGCCUCCGUUGCUACUCCUUCCGGAGACCCUGGGACCUCCACUUAGCAGAAGAACAAACUGAAAGCCAGACCCCGCUGCGAGAACCAGGGAUUCCAGAAGCGGUGAGCUGCCCACGGAGCCGGGAGAAGCGGGUUGAGUCGGCAAUGCUGCCCAGAAGCCUGAGCUAGAAGUUGGGGGGCUGGGCUGUUGUGGAGUUUUUUGUUGUUGUGGUUUAUUAAAAUUUUUUCCUUUUCUUUUUAUAUUCAUCUUGAUGGACACAAUUUUAAGCCACCCUGGCCUUGCUCCUGUCUGUUGAGCAUGCCCAGGUGUGUCCGGGUGGGGAGGCGCAGUCUAGGUGCGUGGUAGCUGCCCCCAGACUCCAGGAUUUCCGUUUGGGUCUAGUUUAGAACCUUCUCCUUAAAGCUGGGGGUUGCUGUCAGGGUUUGCUU